AUGUCGGCGAUGCGCCGAGUCAUUCGGUAUAGCAUCGAUGACAGUAUUAUUUAUCGCGAUGAUCCAGCACAUUGUCAAACCGAAUUGAGACCGGGAAAGUUUAUGAGGGACAUAUGGAGCGCGUACCCGUUCACGUUCGACAAUAGUUUUUAUGUGUUCAACAUCACGAAUCCCGAAGAUAUCGCUGGCGGAGCGAAACCAAUACUUCAAGAAAUCGGACCUUUCGUUUAUGACCAGUAUCAAGAAAAAUCCAACCAAGUGGACCACGACGAGGACGACACUGUAUCCUAUACGAACAAGUACACGUACCACUUUAACGCCGAAAAAAGCAAAGGACUCACCGGGGAAGAAGAGGUCGUGGUUCCCAAUUACUUCAUCCUCGGUUUGGUGAAUUCCCUGCUGAUAGACAAACCCUCCGCAGUGCCCAUUAUAGGAAAGGGAGUCGACAGCAUAUUUAAAAAGCCGAGCAGCAUUUUUAUCAGGGCCAAGGUCAAAGAAGUGCUGUUCGACGGGUUCGUCAUAAAUUGCACGGUCAAAGAUUUCGCGGGUGCUGCCAUUUGCUCCGAGGUAAGAGACCAGUACGAGGACUUGAAAAUGAUCAAGAUAGCCGAGGAUGUGUACCUCAUGUCCCUGUUCGGAUCGUCGAACGGGACCAGCUCCAAGUCGACGAUUCGGGUUAACCGGGGCAGCAAGAAAUUAAUGAAACUCGGCCAAGUGACCGAAUUCAAAGGUGUACCGAAUAUUUCGACGUGGAACGACCCCGUUUGCGAUCUUCUGAAUGGGACCGAUGGCUCGAUAUUCCGUCCCUUUUUAAAGAAAAACAAACCAUACGGAGGCAUAUUCGUCGAGCCUAUUUGCAGGAAUUUGCAACUCAGCUGGCUCGGAAGUAGCAGGUAUUCCGGUGUGAAGACUUUUAGCUAUACUUCGAGCUUGGGAGUAGACCCGGAGAGCAACCCCCACGACAAGUGCUUCUGUCACAAUCCGGACGAAUGCCUCAAGCCUGGAGUUUUCGAUGCGUACAAGUGCGCAAAACUACCCAUAAUCAUAUCGAACCCUCACUUUUACCUUGCCGAUCCCCACUAUCUGACCUUAGUCGAUGGGCUCAAAGCUGAAAAGGAUAAGCACAUGCUCCACGUCGACCUCGAGCCCAACUCCGGAGUUCCCAUUCACGCCAACACUCGAGUUCAGAUAAAUAUGCUGUUGACCAAAGUGGAAAAGUUCAAGCUGAUGAAGAACAUGCCCGAGGCUCUGUUGCCCUUAUUGUGGAUCGAAAACACCCUCAAUUUGCCGAAUUCCCUCGUCAGGGUCAUUAAAAUGGCUCUGAUGCUUCUCCUGUUAGCCAAAAUCACGUACUACCUGGCUAUGAUCGGUGGAAUAGGAUUUUCCGUUUACUCUGGAAUUUUGUACUACAGGGCAAUGAAAAUGAGAAAGAGCACGGAGAUCCAAGAAGUCCCUCAACCUAUUGCCGAAAACGAAAAACCCGAUGUCGUGGACAAGACUCUGCCACUAAAUUUUCCCAGAUUACAACCAGCGCAAUUACCACCAAUUAUCAAUUAA